UAAUUUCUCCUUUUCAGUUCCUCACAAAACAUUUUCCCUUCUUUCUCUCCCAAAACCUUCGUCCCUUCUCUCUCACCAGAAACCCUAGUUCAUUCUCACCUUCAUUCCAUAAUAACCAUUAAUCCUUGUUCAAAUUCCUCACAAACUUCAUCACUAACAAUAACUAAUACCAUCACUUUUGACCAACACCCAACAAAUUGUACAAACCAACAGGUUCAGCCCUAAAGUCAUUUACGAGAACAGGCUCUCCACCAUCAACAUUCCUCUUUCCAGGUACUACAAUAGUGUGACUGGGAGCAAAAGCAACAGCACAGCCCGUCUGUUCAGCAGUCUCAGAUUCGGUCACAGCCAUCAAUUCCUCUUAUCGUCCACCUCAACCGGAUCGAGGAACAACCUUAAAAAAAUCACGAAGAGCAGCAGCCUUCAGCCAAAACCGCACAUUCUCGGAUCUCUGACGUUGUUCCGCCGUUGCCCGCUUCCGUCAUCACCGCCAGUUCAUCGACGAACCACUCGCACACCAACGCUUCACCGAUUCAACACCACGCGCGUCUUCCUCUCCCACAGAUCUGGCCGCAACACUCCCUCUGACGACUCUUUACCAAACUUGAUCUGUUUUCUGUUGUUCAUUCAAGCAAGGGUAUGUAUUUUACAAUGAUGUUAUUUCAGAUAUGGAAAAGUAUUACAUUGGAUUGGUUGAUUCAGCAAUGGAAAGAGCUGGAGAUAUUUGCAAGAAACUGCAUUUAACUGACAUCAAAAUGGAGAGAGUAGUUGGGAGUGGAGAUGCCAAGGAUGUGAUAUGUAGAGCAGUUAAGAAAUUUGAAGUUGAUACUUCGGUUAUGGGAACUCAUAGUUAUGGAUUCUUUAAGAGGUCUGGGGAUUCAACAACUCGUAUUUGGAUGAUAGAUGAAGGGAGAUGCAAAUUUGAUUCCAGGAUUGACCCUCCUAAUGUAUUGGUGUUGCCACACCCUAGGGGUAUAAACAAUGAAAAGAGUAAAGAUGUCACUACACUUGAUUGGUUUAUUCAGUGA